CAAACCUUCCAAUCUUAAACAUAUUUUAAACCCAUUUAACAACGAUAGAUAUCAAAACUCAUUUCCAACUUUCCAAUUCCAGAACUGACGACAAAACCAAACACCCCUUUUAACUUUGCAACCCUUAUCCGAAGUUUAACUGGAAAACCAAGGAUCGUACGUUAGAUGGCCUCAACAGACAACGAAUUAUUGAGUAUUAUCGAAACGUGUCAAAUCUCGGCACCUCCAAACACAAUCGGAGAAAGGUCACUACCACUUACUUUUUUCGACCUUUAUUGGUUACAUUCAAGUCCUAUGCCACAACUUUUCUUUUAUGAAUUCCCAUAUUCAAAACAUCAUUUUCUUCAAACAAUUAUUCCCAACCUUAAACACUCUUUAUCCAUCACUCUUAAACAUCUUUUUCCAUUUGCUAGUAAGUUGGUUAUUUUUCCACCAUCUCAAAACAAAAAACCCGAAAUUCGUCAUGUUGAAGGUGACCAUGUCACACUUACUUUUGCUGAAUGUGAUCAUCUUGAUUUUAAUGAUCUUAAAGGAAACCAUCCUAGAGAAUGUAACAAGUUUUAUAAUUUGGUACCUUUGUUAGGAAGUGUGGAAUAUAUAUCUGACUUGAUAAAAAUUCCUCUGUUUUCGGCACAAGUGACAUUUUUCCCUAAAACACGUGGCAUCACGCUGGGGAUCACGACUCACCACACGGUUGCUGACGCGACCACCGAGAUUCAUUUCUUGAGGACUUGGGCUUCCAUUUCGAAAAAUGGAACUGAUGUGUUAUUUUUAGCUACUGAAGUUUUGCCAUUUUUUGAUAGAGUGAUUAAAUAUCCGAAUUCAUUUGAUCAACUUGCUUUGAAUCGAUCCGGGGUCAAAACUAUUUCCAUUGAACUCCCUAAUCAGUAUCCUGAUCAAGUUCGUGCCACGAUUGUUUUGACCCGUUUAGAGAUUGAUAGGCUAAAAAAAUGGGUAUUAACUAAACUGCCAAAUUUGGAAUAUAUUUCAUCACUUUCAGUAGCAAGUGCUCAUGUAUGGAGUUGCAUAGCGAAAUCACGUAAUCAUCUAGACAGUGAAAAGAAACUAAAAGACGGUGAUAUAGAAAUGGGGUUUGUGUUUUACGUAGACUGGAGAAGUCGAAUAAACCCACCUAUCCCUCAAUCUUAUUACGGUAACUGUUUGUGGCCAACGUUUGCUAUAGAAAAGAGCAGUGUACUUUCGAAAAAUAAUGGAUUUCUUAUUGCUGCUGAAUUACUUGGAAAGGCUUUAAGUGAAACUAUAAACAACAAGAAUGGGUUCAUAAAAGAAGUGGAAUCAUGGUUUAAGAAAUUACGGAGAGAUCUUCCUACGAUUGGAGUAGCAGGAUCACCAAAGGUCGAGUUCUAUGACUUGGAUUUUGGAUGGGGGGACCCGGUAAAAUUUGAGGUUAUAUUCAUAGAUAAAAAUGGUUCGAUAUCUAUUGGUAAAUGCAAAGGAUCAUCCCAUGAUAUUGAAAUCGGUUUGUCCCUUCCUACUAAACAGAUGGACGCUUUUCUGACCAUCUCUAGAGAUGCAUUAGAGAAAAUUUUUAAUGAGGAAUCGGUUAUGAUUGGACGACUUAACUGCAAGUUAUGAAAUUCAUGAACUGAUCGAGGAAGAAGAGUACGAAGACUCAUGGGCUGAUUAGUUAAUGUUCAGUUCAUCUACUUGAUGCAUCUCGAUUUGUUCUUGUAAUCAAACUUGGAAAUUUCUCUGAGUUUUUUUUUUUGGUCAUGAGCUCUAUGCGAACCAUAAGGUAUAUGUAAAUUAAGUUGGUUUGGUUUCAUACUAUCAUUGUUGUUUUGAUCGUAAUCUAUUCAGAAUCAUAAAACCUGCAUGCUAUCAAAGCUAGGUUGACUUACUUUUUUAAAUCAAAAGGAAUGGGAAUGGGUGCCAGAGCCAAAGGGGAAAGGCAAGAGGAGACUUAUCAGAUGGACCAACUUUGCGUCUUUCUGCUAUUUUAUUGUCACAUAGAGACAGAAAUAUGGACGACAAAGCCAUCUUAUAUGAAUAGAAAUUAUCCCUGCAUCGUAUACGGUUGAAAAGCGCUGGUAGUCUAGUUUCCAAAGCAAUAAACAGUGAGUCGAUUGGAUAAGUAUGGGCUUUUUACCAAAGGCUGUUUUAUGUGCCAUAUUCAUCCGAAUUUGGUCAAGCUUUCUGUUUCUAUUAGGCUUUUGAGUGUCUAUGCAAGUUUGAUGAGUUUUCGGUGUUUCCUAGUCAUUUAAUAAGUCCUUUGAUCUA